AUGUCCGCCAUCUCUAUCAAGAAGGGAUCCAUUCAACUCUCCGGCUUGCUAUACAAGCCCUCAACUACUAGCAAGACCCCCGGCAUUGUCGUUGUCCAUCCUGGAGGCGGAGUCAAAGAGCAGACUGCCCAUUUGUAUGCCAAGAAGCUGUCCGAGGCUGGCCUGACGACCAUUGCCUACGAUGCUUCCUAUCAGGGAGAAAGUGAAGGCGAGCCACACUUUCUCGAAGAUCCGGCCGAACGUGUCAGCGAUGUCUUCGCCGUUGUCGAUUACCUCGAGUCCCUCGACACUGUUGACCCAUCGCAGCUGGGUAUUCUUGGCAUUUGCGCUGGUGGCGGUUACGCCGUGGCUGCCGCCAAAGCCGACCACCGACUCAAGUCCGUCGCCGCAAUCAGCAUGGUAAAUAUCGGCGACGCCACCCGCCUGGGCUGGGAUGGAGACGAAGACGCGGCCAAAAAGGUCGAGACCUUGGAGCACAUAGCGAAGCAGGUGCAGUCUGAGAACAAGACGGGCAAUUUGGGAGCUUGUCCCUAUGUCCCUCCGCAGCUUGAUGACAAGACUCCCCUUGACUUGAGGGAAGCUCAUGACUACUACCUUGGCCCUCGGUGCCAGCAUCCAAGAGCAGCCAACAAGAUGCUAUUCCGUAGUGUCCCGCGCGUCAUGACGUUUGAUGCCUUCUACCUCGCUGACAUUUACUUGACGCAACCUCUGCUGUUGAUUGCGGGAGAAAAGGCCGGCUCCAUUUGGCAUACGGAUAAACUGGACAAGCUUGUUGGUGGCGCGACUAGGAAGGUCAUUGUUCCCGGUUGCACCCAUAUGGACUUGUACGACCGUCUGCCAUUCGUUGAUGUUGCCACCAAGGAGGUUGUGGAUUUUAUGAAGACAUAUUUGAAAUAG